AUGGGCCCCCCGAACAAGCCACAUUCACAGGUUACUGUCUCGGACCUCAUCAACCCUGCAACAAGGGACUGGGAUGUUUCGAAGAUUAAGCUCAUUUUACCCUUCUACGAGGAGAAAAUUCUGUGCUUUAAACCAAGCUUGACUGGGGCUCCGGAUAAACAAGUUUGGUUAGCCACAAAGUCGGGGGACUAUACAACGAAAUCUGGUUACUAUACUGCAGUCACUAGAGUUGAAACCAGGCAGGACAUCCCCACAGAUAAUGGUUUCAAGUGGAGAAGUAAUGUAUGGAACAUGCAGUGUGCGCCAAAGGUUAAGCUAUUCUCGUGGAAACUUCUCAAGGGAGCUAUACCGGUAGGAGAAAGACUCGUUCAAAGGCGCGUCCCGGCGGAUCCGCGUUGCAAACGGUGCGGCUGUUCAGAAUCUAUCCUUCAUCUCUUUUUCCAAUGUGGUUUCGCUCAACGAGUCUGGCAUCUUGCCCCUCUCAAUACCGACAUGGAUUUCAGAGGAAUAAUAGAUUUAAUGUCUAGCUGGGAAACUCUUUGCUCUCUUAAAUGCCUGCCCCCUGCAGGAAUCAUCUCAGGAUCUCUGACCCCUUGGCUGUUUUGGUCGAUCUGGAAAGCGCGUAACAAAUUUGUGUUUGAAGGCCACUCGGCUUCACCAGAAGAAACGCUUUCAGGCGCCAUAGUACUAGCUAGGGAAUGGAACACAGAAGUCAAGAAGGAACCCCUUACCGGAAUACGACAGCUCUCAGCGCCGGUCCUAACUCACCCUGAGGCGACGGUGAUUCGGUCGGAUGCUGCUUGGGCACCUGGUUCAAAUAUUGCAGGAUUAGGUUGGGUUCUUCUAUCCCACUCAGGUAAUCAAUCCUUCAAAGUGCCCCUGAAAAGCGUUGCUUCGCCUCUGUUGGCGGAGGGUCUCGCUCUCCGGGAGGCUGUGCGGUCUUGCGCAACUUUGGGUUUGAAUUAUGUGGCUUUUGAGUCGGAUUCUCUGAACUUGAUCAAGGCAGUGAAGCUUGAAGUAACCAUAGCGGAACUCUAUAGUGUGAUAGCUGAUAUCACAUCUUUUGCAUCAGUGUUUGAGUUUGUCUCUUUUUCUUGGAUCUCUCGGGAAAAGAACGUUCUAGCUGAUUGUUUAGCCAAAGAGGCUUUGAAUGUAUCUGAUACUUUGGUGGUUGGGGAUGCUUUCAUUGCUCCUAACUAA